CAAUCACCAACACCUUACAAGCAGUCACACAACGUUUCCCAGCUGAGGUUGUGGUAGCAAGGCAGAGAGAGCAAUGGCUUCCGGCCAGCAGGAGAGGUCGCAGCUGGACCGCAAGGCCCGCGAGGGCGAGACCGUCGUCCCCGGCGGCACCGGCGGGAAGUCCCUCGAGGCGCAGCAGAACCUCGCCGAAGGGCGCAGCCGUGGCGGGCAGACUCGCAGGGAGCAGAUGGGGGAGGAGGGGUACAGCGAGAUGGGUCGCAAGGGCGGGCUGAGCACCAACGACGAGUCCGGCGGCGAGCGCGCGGCCAGGGAGGGCAUCGACAUCGACGAGUCCAAGUUCAAGACCAAGUCCUAGAUGAUCCGUUAGCCUAGCAAGCAAGAUGACUCUGCUUAGGUCGGCUGUUGGUUUGCCCUAGCGUCCACGUACCGAAUAAUGUAGUUCAGGCGCACGUAGGCGAUCGUACGUAGUAUGAUCAUGUGUGCUUCGAACCGGUAGUCCGUAGCUACUCUACGGUGAGUAGCGUCAGGUCAAGUCGGAAGCUGUGGCUUGGUCAGGUGGCUGGUCUGCCUCUGGGCCCAGGAGUGUCUGCAGUGUCCACUGUAUCCUUGCUUCUUCAGUAAUGUAUGUCGUCUUGCUCAAAUA